UAAUGACAGAGGGAAGUGUUUUCUUCCUUUCACCUUGUUUCGCCGGGCACCCUUACUUGAUAGUAAACUUUGAACGUUACGAUAGUUUAUUUCGAUUAACAACAGAGCACUCAAAAGAGAAUCCUGCCUUUGUGGAACGCCGGUAGCAUUCUGCAAUGUUACGUAUUGUAAUGAAAAUUAUAUGAUUUUAAAUAUGGUACUCUGUAACAUAAAGUAGAGAAUAAUUAGCUGUCAACAGAAAAGCGUUGAUAAAAAUAAGUUUCAAACAAUCCUUAACCAAUCACUAUAAUGUUUUUGAUGAAAAACGAAGUUUUCUCGAGAGUGAUAUUGACUGGAUCUAUAGGUAUUUGCUCGUACAUUGGUGAUCAACGUUUAUACUAUGGAAAAGCCGCUUGGUCGCGCGCAAUUUUUGACAAUGUUACUCACGCAAUUGUUGGUGGACUUACUUGGACACUUAUCUUACAUUUAUCGAGAAAGUCUCUCAUUCAAAAUUUUUCAAGUAUCUUCUGGUGUUUUUUUUUAUCGUCUUUUAUCGACGUAGAUCACUUUAUUGCAGCAUGUAGUUGGAAAUUAAGCGAUGCAACACAUUUACAAAAAAGACCAUUUAUGCAUUGUACCACUCUGCCUAUAGCGUUGUGGCUUAUGCUUAAUUUUUACUCCAGCGUAUUUAAUCAUCCGAAGCUUAGUUAUUAUUCGUGGAUGAUGUUAGCAAGUUUCUUGAGCCAUCAUAUACGAGAUGGUACAAGAAGGGGUUUGUGGUUUUGUCCUAUAGGUUCUACGCAGCCUAUUCCUUAUUAUUUAUAUUUAAGUAUGAGUAUGAUGCUUCCUCAUGUGCUACAAUGGCUUAUGACAUCAUCUAUGCAAGAAUUUAAGAGUUACGAUAAUGUGACAUUGAUCAAUAUUGUGCACUCUGUGUAAAAAUAUUUACUAAAUGUAAGUGUACAUAUGUAUAUAUCGACAAAUUUUAUAAUGUAAUUUUUGCAUUU